UUGCGCGGUGACGUCACGCAUAGCUUGUCGCGGGACGUCCAGCCAAUGGGCGGAGGAAGCGGAGAAUUUCGAACUAAGAAGAUUCCGGAAGCGAGGAAGGAGCCAACGGUCUAAGCGCCGGAGUCCGUUAAGGUAGAACAUGGGUGGAGAAAAAUGCUUGAAAAGGUCCUUUAAGGACAGUCUGGAUGAUAUAAAAGAACGAAUGAAAGAGAAAAGAAAUCAAAAAUGGGCAAAGUUGGGUAAAACAAACCAGGUCUUGCCUAUAAAAUGCAAAAUAGCAACCAACAGUUCGGUGCAACUGAAAAGCUUGCAAGCAAACAAUCGAGCACUAGCUCUAGCUUUGCAAGAGGAAAAAGCCAAAAUGAAAGAAGCCCAAGAUAUCAUUCUGCAUUUAAAGAAAGAGUAUCAGUCUCUGAAGUUUCAGAUAUUUGUUUUACAAAGAAAACUUAGCUCACAGCAAGCGAAAGAACCUGUUGAGACCAGAUUGUCGAUCUUGAGCAAGAUUGUUUCUAAAGUUGCUCAAAACCUACUCGAUACAGCUGAUCUUCUUGGUCCAGCUCAGGAUUUGUGUUCCACUGAUCUUCUACAGAACAAGAGGAUGUGUCCCUCAAUUCUUGAAGACGAUGACUCCAGUAUUUUAAGACAAGCUGGUUCUCUGGGACUUCCUACACAUGUUCUUGUUGCAGAUGCUAGCCUAGAAGGCGAAAUGCUUGGAAAUGAAAUAGAGAAUAAUACUGAUACAAACAAUGCAUCUUAUUCUAUGUCAGAUGCCUGGCAGACCUUUAAAAAUACCACUUCAGUUAAGAAAAUGGCAACAAACACAGAAGGACAAAUAUCUGAUUUUCAUCUGGACAACCUAGAGGCCAAUCUGGAAGAUACUCUUUUAGAUGAAGAGGAUAGGCAAGUUGGUAAUAUCUUACCAAAAACUGUAUCUACUGGGCGUCGCUGUUCAAACAGGAAAAUUCAUGUGCAUAAUCUAGACCAUUCAGAAAGGGCUUAUUUGACCAGAGAAUUUUGUAAACAGGAUGAAACUAGACUUGAGGGAAGUCUAGAGAAAGGUAAUAUAGAAAAUAUAGAGCCAAAUCUUUCUCAAUUGAAUGAAAACAAGAUAAACAUGAAGCCAAUGUUGGAUCAGGCAGAUACAUUGACUGAAUUGAACUGCUCAGUUGCAGAACCUAAACUUAAACAAAUUCAGCCUAAAAACAGAGAAGACUCUCAAACAAGAAGAGAGAAAGUACAAAAAGGAAAAUUGGAAGGAAGUAAAAAGACUUCCAGAACAAGAUCAAAAAGAGACAGAAGCCAGGAGGAACAAACUUCCAAAGUGAAACUGGAUUUAUCAGUUGGCUCCAAUAACGCUUAUGAUUUUCAGUUUGAGGAGAAUGUCCAUAUCACACCUUUCCGACAAAACAAGAUGAAUGAUUGUGACCGUGACGUGGAUGAAAGAAAGGAUACAUCUGAAUCCGAAACACACAGCAGUGAAGGAAGUGAUUCAGAAGAGAAUUCUGAUGACAGCCUAUAUGUGCCUUACAGGAGUCAAUCAAAAUACAGGAAGAGUUCAAAUUGCAAAAAUGAUGGAAGUCCAGUCCAUACAAGACCACGCUCUAAAAGACCUGUGGUGUACCAGCAACAGAAAACCAGUAAUGAAAAAGAGACUAAGCAUACUACAUCAAAUGAAAAAUCUCUCAGCACUGUUGAAAAUACUCCAGUGGAUAGUACCUCCAUGAUCAGGAAAAUUAACAUUCAGUCAAACACUGUGAUGAAAGUAGAUGAAGUAAAAUCAUAUACUCUUCUAUGUGCUAUGGAUACAGUACCAAAAGUAGAUAAGAAUUCUUCCUCUGGAAAUAUAUAUUGCGAUUUUGCUAAAGCAGGGAAACCUGAGGCUUCUCAAACAUCUCGUCUUCAUCUCUGUGAUGUCACCAACAUCUCUUCAUCAUCUGGUACAAAAAGUAGAAUCUCUCAUCCAUUUUUAAGUAUUGAUGAAAAACCAGGAAUGCCCAGCCACAAACGCAGGUGUACUAUUAAUGUGAAUUACAAGGAACCAAGUAUCAGCAGGAAGCUCAGAAGAGGAGAUCCGUUUACGGAUAUGUGUUUUCUGAACUCUCCAAUUUUCAAGCAGAAAAAAGAUCCUAAACACAGUUCUGUUAAAAAGGAAUCUCUGUCCAAAUACAAUGAGGCAUUUGUUGGAUGUCGUUGAGAAGCCCUUUUGCACCCCCUUGUGGAGUUCUGAGGCAAAGAACAUUUGGUAAACAAAUUUGCUAUGUAACUUGACACUUAUCAAAAUGUCACAUUACAGUUAUGCCAUAAGAAUGUCUUGCUCAGUCUCUGUCCUGGGUACCAGGGAAAUCUAACUGUAUAUUUGGGUAAGCAGUGAUAACUAUAGACUAUUUUAAAUUUAGAUUCCAUGGGAAUUUCAAUAGGGCUCAGAUGAAUACUUUAAGAUCAUGAAUUUAAUAGAGUAAGGAGUAACUGUUACUGUGCUUGUUUGUUAUAAAAGCAGUCUUGCUACCCAGCAAGUGUUUCUAUUUAAACUCUUUGAUUCCUGAACUCCACUGUGAAGUCCAUUAUCUGAAGGCAUGUUGAGAAUCUCUGGUGUAAAAAGAUAAGCACUGUGUGAAUUAUUUGACUGAUUACUAGAUUUGUCAGUCCCUUCUUAUUGUAACCCCUCACUUGAUAUAGCUGAAUUAUAGUAAAUUUUGGGAUUAGAUUACAAUUUUAAGUGAGCAAGUUUGUACAGCUAUCUUGUUACUUACACAAACCUGUAGUCUACUAAUGUUGAAAUGUAUAAUAAAACUUUUAGAUUUUA